GGCCUGCCUGGUGCUGCCCCCACUGAGACUGCUGGGAGCGGUGGAUGGAGCCGGUUAACACCUCGCACGCCAACCAGACGGAACCCUUUAUUCCAGCAUCAUGGCGAGCAGCCUUCCUAAUCGGCACGCUGGGCAUCGGGCUGCCCGCCAAUGCCUUCAUCAUCUGGCUAACAGGGUGGCGGCUGCGGCGCCGGGGCCUCUCCGUCUUCAUCCUAAGCCUGGCCACCUCUGACUUCCUCUUCCUCUCCACCUCAGUCAUGCAGAUCAUGGAGACCCUGCUGGACGACAACUGGGUGCUGGGCACCCCCAUGUGCCGCCUGCGCCACGUCCUCUACGACUUGAGCUACCACUGCAGCCUCUUCCUGCUGGCCGCCCUCAGCGUGGACCGCUGCCUGCUGGUGCUGCUGCCCCUCUGGUACCGCUGCCACCGCCCCCUGUGGCUCUCCAGCUACAUUUGCCUGGGCGCCUGGCUGGUGGCCGCCCUGCUCAGCAUCAAGGGCUUCGUCUUCGCCAACGUUGUCCUGCAACCAGAUGGGGUGCUCGUCUGCUCUAACAACCGGGGCAAAUAUGAGUGGCCCCUGCGCCUGCUGGAGGUGCUGCUGGAGGGACUCUUCCCCUUCAUCGUCAUGGUGACCACCCAUGCCACCACCUUGUCCCGCACCUUCCGGCGCCACACCCGGUCCCCCAGCCAGUUCUACCGCAUCGUGGCCGCCACCCUGUCAGCCUAUGUGCUGCUCAACCUCCCCUUCCAGAUCAUCCAGCUGCUCUUUCUGGUCUCCUGGCAGCACAAGGAGUUCAACUAUCGCAUCUUCCCCUUCAUGGUCUACUUUGGCUACCUGAUCAACCUCAACAGCAGCAUCAACCCUCUCAUCUACAUCUUCUUCGGCUCCAACAUCUGCACGGGCUGCGGUCGCCACACGACCUCCUCCCUUGCCACAGCCCUCACCGAGGAGCAAGGGAAAAGCCCUGGGGACACGCCCAGCACGUCCUUCUCAGCCUAGCCCUGCCAGCAAGACCCUGCUCUCCUCUCCCUUCGUGGCCCAGCCCCUGCUCUGGCCCAGCUCCAGUCACCAGUCGAAUGGCCACUGGCUCCCCUGACUGGGCCUGGCCACAAGGAGGCGGGUCUGUGCACGAUUGUAGGUUCACUAGUGCUAAGCCUUGUGUAAAUGGGUGCAAGGUGGGGCUUGGUCAGGCAUAACCAGAUCCAGGAAGCUACCAGGAGAAGUUACACCAGUGCCAAGGCCCAGUUUGCCCCAUUUCCUCAGCCUAGGCAAGCUCCAGCGGGGACAGAUCCUCAGCAGAUGCAAACCAGGCCUAGCUCCAUGCAGGUCAAUGGCCCGGGAACACCAGGCCCUGGGCAGGGCAAUGUAAACACUGACGUGGCUGCAGCUGCCAACCCACAGGUGCCAGGAGACACUGCAAUGAAGGGGACUCUGCCCCUUUGGGCCUAUUUGUGCUGGGCAAUCUUGCCUUUAGGUGUGGCUCCAAGGUCACUGUGUUUUAAUACCGUGGCUGUUCUGCACACUACAGCCAGAUUCCCAGCGCUGAGGAUACAGGUGCCCCCCUAACUCUGUCCCCCUGAGCCCCUGCAGCCUGACUGUUCUGGCCUGCAGAAAGCAGGCCCAGUCUCCUCUUAGCACACAUGACUAUGACACAGAAGCUGCAGCCCAAGUGUAUGUUGUGGGGGGGCUGCAUCAGAACCACACACCCGAAGGGUCAGAAUUAAGGCCAUGGGACUGUCCUGGGGAUCCUCACCUUCCCACACCCACCAGGGGUGGGUACUACUCCCCCCUACCACACAAUGGGGGCAGGCCAGCCCAAAGAGGGCCACACCCCACAGCUUUAAUUCUGACCCCUUGGGCAUGUGGUUCUUUAAUUCUGACCUUCCACGCACACACACAGAGCUCCCCCCCAGUUUCCCCCAGCAGGGUGUCCAGUGUGUGGGCCUGGCUGCCUGCCAGCACUUCCUGCUAGGGACUCAGAGCCAUCUUUGCCCCCACCAGGCAGGUGGGGUAAGAGAGGUGCCCUGGAUAUGCGCUGAGCUCAUGUCAGCCCAGGGGCUCCCAGGUGAGUGACCGCAGGUAGGGG